AUGUCCUCUGAGGUUUGGCCUUCCGGGUGGUCUGGGAGCCGCGUGGUCGAGGUGCACAAAAACAAGGGCUCCAAGCACAUCUGCGACGUAUACCAGGGCAUCCACCUCGACAACCGUUUGAGCAAGGGCUUGAAAGAAAUCCUGAACGACGACAUCAAGCCAAUGUAUGAGGCCAGGAUGCCUUCGUGUCAGAUUGGCGCUGUGUCUCGACGCGGCACCGACUUCGCGUCUCACGUGGUCCCCACUUUUAUCGAUUACUGCAAGCUUCUACAGCUGUGCACGUUCAUCCUCUAUAUGGACUGGUCGAAGGCCUUCGACAAGGCUCUGCGCGAACUUGUUGUGGGCAUCCCAGCGGAGUGCGAUAGCCCCACAGUGCUUCGCGAAAUUCGGCCAGCAGGAGCACCAGGUGUCUUGGCUCCUGGAGUUCGUCUCCGUCCUCGGCCCUCUGAUGCAGCAGUGGGGCGUCCCCGCCAAGGUCGUGCGAUUCGUCAAAAACCUCCACGCCAGGAGUUGGCUUAG